ACGCCCUCCACGCCUCGACAUCGCGAUGCCUUUGGUUCUUUUCCCAGCACUCCGCGGCAUGCCGUCAUGUCGGCGGGAAAGCUCUUCAAGCGAAUGACACCCCAGACGCCCCUCACGCCGACCAACGUCCAGACCAUCUACCACCAAGCCCGACAGCUCUUCGCCAGAGGAGCCGAGCCCGGUCAGCUGGUUGGGAGGGAAGCCGAGCGGGAACAGUUGACGGCAUUCCUGGACCGUGUCUCGACGUCAUCCCCCGGAGGCUGCAUCUACAUUAGCGGCCCGCCGGGCACCGGAAAGAGCGCCAUGAUCACCAGCUUGACGAAGAAGUAUUCCGAGGUGGAUGGGGUUCGCAGCGCCUACGUCAACUGCAUGAGCAUCAAGUCGUCAAAGGACCUCUAUCACACUCUGCUGGCCGCUCUUGGCGAAGAUGGCAGCGAGCUGUCAGAGGCGGAAGCCAUCUCGGCUUUGCAGAAGAUGUUCUCUUCCAAGGCCAAGUCGGCCGCCAAGUAUCUCGUCACGCUGGAUGAGGUUGACCACAUUCUCACCCUGGAUCUGGAGAGCCUUUAUCGAGUAUUUGAAUGGUCUCUGGCAAAAUCGUCAAAGCUGUUGCUUCUCGGCAUCGCCAAUGCUCUGGAUCUCACUGACCGGUUCCUGCCACGACUCAAGUCGAAGAAUCUGAAGCCGGAGCUGCUUCCCUUUCUGCCCUACACUGCGGCUCAAGUCAAGAACAUCAUCAUUACACGACUGAAGUCCCUGAUGCCUGAAGGGAAGGAGGCCUUUGUUCCCUUUAUUCACCCCGCCGCCAUCGAGCUCUGCUCGCGAAAGGUGUCAAGCCAGACUGGGGAUCUACGCAAGGCAUUCGAGAUAUGCCGUCGGGCUCUGGACCUCGUCGAAGCCGAGACCCGGUCAAAGCAUGAGGAGGCAGCACGGGAGAAGUUUCUACAGCUGACGCCGACGAAGAAACCCCUGGGAGAAAGUAUCAACGGCAACAACUCGACCGGCAGUACCACUCCUCGAAGUGUCUACCAGAUCACAACUGCAUCACUCAAGGCAUUGACUGCAGAGACGGCCCCACGAGCUUCGAUUGGCCACCUCAACAAGGUCACAGCUGCCGCCUUCAGCAAUGGAACCACCCAGCGUCUCAAGGCCCUCAAUCUCCAGCAGAAGGCUGCCUUGUGCUCGUUGGUGGCCUACGAGAAUCACAUUCGGACAAUGGCCAAGGCGCCUGGCACGACUCUCACCCCCAGCAAGACGCAGACGCUGGCGCCCACGGUCAAGGUUCUUUUUGACAAGUAUUGCAAGCUUUGUCUUCAGGACUCUGUACUCCAUCCUCUGUCCAGCUCCGAGUUCCGCGAGGUGGUGGGCAGCCUCGAGACCCUUGGCCUUGUCAAUGCUGUGGAAGGAAAGGCGGGCAGCUUCAUGAUGCCGCAAACGCCUAGCAAAAGAGGUCGAAAGGUGGCGGCUGCCAGCGGCGAUGAGAAGCGAAUUGCCAGCUGCGUUGGAGACAAGGAGAUGGAAUCGAUUGCCGAGGGCGUCGGCGCUGACAUUUUGAGGAGCAUUCUGUCGGGCGAGGCGUUGGAGUAA